AUGUCGAGUUUCGUGACGGUGUUGAUUGCGUUUUCCGCAUUUUCCACACUAAUCCAGUGGACGCCGGUCGAUGCCGCGAACAUACUGGCGGUGGAGACAAUCCCGGGCAAGAGCCACUGGAACGUUAUGCGAUCCGUGCUGAGGGCUCUGACGGAACGCGGCCACACGGUCACCGUGUUCACGCCGUUUGUGGACGGCGAUCGGGAUGGUUACAUGGAGGUAGAUGUGUCCGAGCAAAUGGUACCGGUCGUAGGCGCUAACUUGACAUACCUGAUGGAAACAUUCGGACCCAAACGAUUAUUUUUUUCGUUCGCAGCGAACGUAACUCGGGCGGAUUGCGACAAAAUUCACGAACACCGACUGAUGGCGGACAUCAUGAAUGGAGUGACGGAGCGGAAAUUCGAGUUGGUCAUCACCGAACCGUUCAUGUCUGAGUGCGUGGCAUACGUGGCCUCUGUGCUCAGCGUGCCAAUAAUGGUUUACGUGGUACCGACGCCCAUCUCCACGUUCCUGGAACGUCCGCUGACCGGCGCCCAAACCCGGCGGUCAUCAGCCACGUGCUGUCCCGCCGAGGCGUUCCUAGAACGUUCACCGAGCGUUUUGCCAACGCGAUGCUGA